CGCAUGACAAAAACACACUCACACACUCCUCACAGCUCAGUUCAAGUCAACUUGAGAGGAGUGAAAGAGUGAAAAGUCUUCGAAAUAGAUUAUGAGGUGAAACCAUGAGUUUCAAAUGUGGAAUCCUAUCACUGAUCAUCCUGAUGAAUAUUACAGGUUCUUUGGGUGAGACUCUGAGAGUGACCUGCAGUCCUCAGACUAAUUGUGCUCUGCGGGAAUCAACAGUGACCCUGCAGUGCUCUCACUCAAACACCAACAUCAGACCUCAGGACAGCUUCUGGUUCAGCCCCAAACAAAAAGCUAAAUGGAGGAACGAGGAAGAUCCAGAGGAUUUAGCUUUAGACUCAGACUACGCAGGACGAGUGAGAUACAAGACCAAUAGAUACAGAUACAGCUCAACUCAAUACAUUACAAUAUCAGACCUGAGAGCGAGAGACUCAGGAGAAUAUCACCUCAUGGUCAUUACAGAAACAGGAGAGAAUUAUUCCAGCUCAACAGCAGUUACUCUAACAGUUUCAGAUCUGCAGAUGAAGAUGACUUCUAAAACUGAACAGCAGAUGGAGCUGACCUGUAGCUCUUCAUGCAGUCUGACCUCUAAACCUUCUUAUUACUACUGGUACAAAAAUGGACAAUAUCAGCUCUCAACAAAUGAACAUCAGAAGGUUUUGAGUUCAUAUAGUGGUGCUAAUCCUGGCAGCUACACCUGCUCUGUUAGCAGCCAUGCUGAAAUCCGAUCCAAUCCAGUGUGUGAGUAUGAAAGCUGUUCGUAUCUAAUUGUUCAGUACCAUUAA